AUGGGCGACAUCGCAGUUGAAAACCCAGUCAGCCAGGUGGCUCUGCACAAGAAGGCUACCCCUUCGACGAUACCAAGCAUUGAUAACUUUGAGGGCUUGCCCGCGGAUGGUGGGGAUGAUUAUGCUUCACUCAAGAAGCUCCAGCGCCAACUAGAGUAUAUUCAGCUACAGGAGGAAUAUAUCAAGGAUGAGCAGAGGAGUUUGAAGAGGGAGCUUGUCCGAGCUCAGGAAGAGAUCAAGAGAAUUCAGAGUGUGCCGUUGGUCAUCGGCCAGUUUAUGGAGGCUAUCGACCAAAAUACUGGCAUUGUCCAAUCAAGCACAGGUUCGAAUUACGUUGUCCGUAUCCUCUCGACCCUCGAUCGCGAGAAGCUCAAGGCUUCAUCCUCGGUUGCCCUCCACCGCCACUCAAAUGCCCUCGUCGACAUUCUCCCUCCCGAGGCCGACUCAUCCAUCGCCAUGCUUGGCGCUGAUGAGAAGCCCGAUGUCACAUACGCCGACGUUGGUGGUCUCGACAUGCAGAAGCAGGAGAUCCGUGAAGCCGUCGAACUGCCACUUACCCACUUUGACCUCUACAAGCAGAUUGGCAUCGAUCCUCCCCGUGGUGUCCUGCUCUACGGCCCUCCCGGUACCGGAAAGACCAUGCUUGUCAAGGCCGUAGCCAACUCUACGACCGCCAGCUUCAUCCGUGUUGUUGGAUCCGAGUUCGUCCAAAAGUACCUGGGUGAGGGGCCCCGGAUGGUUCGUGACGUGUUCCGUAUGGCCCGCGAGAACUCUCCGGCCAUCAUCUUCAUCGACGAGAUUGAUGCUAUUGCCACGAAGCGUUUCGAUGCACAGACCGGUGCCGAUCGUGAGGUUCAGCGUAUCCUCCUGGAGCUGCUCAACCAGAUGGACGGUUUCGACCAGACGGCGAACGUCAAGGUCAUCAUGGCCACCAACCGAGCUGACACCCUCGACCCUGCCCUCCUCCGUCCCGGUCGUCUCGACCGAAAGAUUGAGUUCCCAUCCCUCCGUGACCGCCGUGAGCGACGCCUCAUCUUCACCACCAUUGCGAGCAAGAUGAGCCUCGCCCCCGAGGUAGACCUCGACAGUCUGAUUGUCCGCAACGACCCGCUGUCCGGAGCCAUCAUCGCCGCCAUCAUGCAAGAGGCCGGUCUUCGCGCCGUCCGCAAGAACCGCUACAACAUCAUUCAGACCGACCUCGAGGACGCCUACUCGAGCCAGGUCAAGGGAACGCAGGAUGACAACAAGUUUGACUUCUACAAAUAA